GUGUGAAGUAAGCAAUCUAUUUUCACUUGCUAUUAACAGCAAAAGUACAACUUAAUCUCUUAUUUGACUUCAUUAUUUGACUUUCAAUUAACAACAUGGAAACUAUACAGAAAUUAGCCUCUGCCCUAUAAGAUAGAGAUUUAGAUAAACUGCUCAAAACAUUACAUGAGAUGUUCAGAUUUUCUCUCAAAGGCAGGAUUCCAACACGGCAGGUGGAAAACCAACAAAAGGAAGAAGACAGAAAGGAGGAAAGAGAAGAUGAAAGAUCGACUACAAGAACUAAAGCAGAGAACAAAGGAAAUUGAACUCUCUAGAGACAGUCAUGUAUCAACUACAGAAACAGAGGAACAAGGGGUGUUUCUGCAGCAAGCUGUUAUUUAUGAAAGAGAGCCUAUAGCUGAGAGACACCUACAUGAACUCCAAAAACUACAGGAAAGUAUUAACAAUUUGGCAGACAAUGUUCAAAAAUUUGGGCAGCAGCAGAAAAGUCUGGUGGCUUCAAUGAGAAGGUUUAGUCUACUUAAGAGAGAGCCUACCAUUACAAAGGAGGUAAAAAUCCAGGCAGAAUACAUCAACAGAAGUUUGAAUGAUUUAGUUAAAGAAGUUAAAAAGUCAGAGGUUGAAAAUGGUCCAUCAUCAGUGGUCACAAGGAUACUUAAAUCUCAGCAUGCUUCAAUGUUCCGCCAUUUUCAGCAAAUCAUGUUUACAUACAAUGAUACAAUAGCAGCAAAGCAAGAGAAGUGCAAGACAUUUAUUUCGCGUCAGCUUGAAGUUGCUGGAAAAGAGAUGUCUGAAGAAGAAGUAAAUGAUAUGCUUCAUCAAGGAAAAUGGGAAGUUUUUAAUGAAAGCUUACUUACAGAAAUCAGUAUCACUAAAGCACAACUUUCAGAGAUUGAACAGAGACACAAGGAACUUGUUAAUUUAGAGAAUCAAAUAAAGGAUUUAAGGGAUCUUUUCUUUCAGAUAUCUCUUUUAGUAGAAGAGCAAGGAGAGAGCAUCAACAAUAUUGAAAUGACAGUGAAUAGUACAAAAGAGUAUGUUAAUAAUACUAAAGAGAAAUUUGGACUAGCUGUAAAAUACAAAAAAAGAAAUCCUUGCAGAGUACUGUGUUGUUGGUGCUGUCCAUGCUGUAGCUCAAAAUAAAGAAGCUAUUUUAAAA